UACAAGAAGAGAGAUGAGGACGGAGAAUAUAAGGUCGAGAAAGUCCUUUCACGGUCUGUUGAGCUUGACGUUGAGCCAGAUACUGCCUACGAUGUUGGAAUCAUUUCGACAAAUGCCUUUGGAUACAGCCCUCUGGCAUUUUUGGAUGUUCCGUCAACAAGUGUUGGCAAAUCGGGUUCAGGCGGAGGCUCAUCAGCAUUCUUCAUCUUUUUGUUAUUGGUGUGCUGCGGUUUAGUCGUACUUGGAAUAAUCUACCUCGGACGGCGACGUGAUCUACCAGCACCGUUCGGAAAACUUGUGCGAAGACAACAACCACCUCGAGGAGGCCCAACAGUCGCCUUUGAAAAUCCAGCUUACGUAUCCGGUCAUGAAGUGGAAAUUCGAGGUCUUGGAGGUGGUGGUCAUGCCAACGGCGACACCGAAUGGCAAAGCCAAGAUUUACAAGCCUCCGCUGCUCCUGAGGAAUACCGUAAUGGGAUGCGAUAUGCAAAAUUAGAAACUGCAUAA